GGAAGAGGAAGGAAGGAAGGAAAAGGGAAGGAGGAAAGGAAAGAAACCAGCGCGCGCACGGAUCCGGGGGAGGCGCGGGCGGACUUCUGCGCUCCUUUGCAGCCUGCCGGCUCAGCUGUCGGGGGUGGGGCGCUGCGGCGACGGGGGAGAAAAUGAGAGCCCCCCCAGCGCCCCCUCUGCAAGCCUUUUCAUUGACACCUAGAUGAAGGAGAGGAGAAGGACAACCUGCAUCACUCAGCUCCCGACUUCAGCUCCCUUGGAUGGAACGGCGCUUGGCAGAAGCACUGGAUUGGGCCGCGUUUCCGCUUCCAGGUGGCACAACGAGGACUGACUCCCUUUCCCUCGCUGCUGUGUGAAAACCCCAUUCUGGUUUCUGUGGCUUUUCCGUGGGCUCGCCCAGCUCUGCCUUUAGAGCUCUCCGCAUCCGUGGACUGACUGGGGGCACGCGCCGGUCCUCCGGGUCCCUUCACCCGCUUCCCCAAACUGCUGGGGCAGAGGGACCCCCGCUCGGCAUCCCUCACGGCGUUGACCCCGCCCAGCCGGUGCCCCACGGCCCCUCCGCCUCCCAGGCAGCAGGCGGCUCCCUCCCCUUCGGAGCAGCACACGGCCCCCGAGGUCCGGGCGGCCUCUGCCUGGGUGCUGCCCCCUGCAGGCAGGGCCAUGAAGCUGCAGGCGGUGAUGGAGAACUUGCAGCGCCAGCAGCGUGCCCGCCUGCAGCAGGAGAGGGAGGCGCCGCCGCCGCCGCCAUCCCUGCUGCCCCCUGCGCCUAGCCAGACCGCUGCCCUGCUGGCCCCCGGGGCCCCGACCUUGCCCCGGGGCCCCAGCCAGAAUCCUCUCUCUGUGGAGGAGAUGGGGGACACAGAGCCAGCUGGAAUCCAGAGGGCCCAGAUGGCCGCACUGGCAGCCAUGCGGGCCGCAGCCGCAGGCCUCGGCCAGUCCACCAGCCCGGCAGCGUCGUCGGAGGAGAGCCAUUCCCAGGAGGAGCAGGAGGAGGAGGAGGAGGAGGAAGAGGAAGACGGUCAUUACCUUCAGGAAGGAGGCUCCGAGGAAGAGGAGAUGAAAGGGAAAUGGAGCGAGGACUUCGAAGAAGACAUGGGCGAGGAGGAGGAGGAGGAGGAAGAUUACGAAGAGGACGAGGAAAUGGCUGAGGAAGCGCCAGGUUCUGGAGAGGCAGCCAGGUCGAGCCCGGGUCCCCAGCUCCUUCGGAAGCAGCCCCCCUUGCCACAGUACAGAGGGGAGCCUUCCAGGAUGCUGGGGGGGCAUGAGCGCUUCUCUUCCAGCGUCACCCAGCCAGGCCUGCUGCAGGUGCAUCCCCAGGGCCUGGACCACGGGGACUGGACCUAUGAGGAGCAAUUCAAACAGCUCUAUGAACUUGACGGGGACCCGAAGAGAAAAGAAUUCCUUGAUGACCUUUUCAGUUUUAUGCAGAAGCGAGGGACUCCGGUAAACCGAAUCCCCAUCAUGGCCAAGCAAGUGCUGGACCUCUACAUGUUGUACAUCCUGGUCACGGAGAAAGGCGGCCUGGUGGAGGUGAUUAACAAGAAGCUGUGGCGGGAGAUCACGAAGGGGCUGAACCUGCCCACCUCGAUCACCAGUGCGGCCUUCACGCUCCGCACGCAGUAUAUGAAGUAUCUGUACCCAUACGAGUGUGAGAAAAGAGGCCUGAGCAGCCCCAACGAGCUUCAGGCAGCCAUCGACAGCAACCGGCGGGAGGGCCGUCGCCAGGGCUUCAGCGGCUCCAUCUUCACCUACUCCCCCAGCGGUACCCACACCAUGCUGCCUUCCCCCCAGCUGCAGGUCCCCGCCAUGGGGAUGGCCUCGGCCACCAACGGCAGCCCCAUGGUCUCGGUUCCAAAGAUCAAGAAAGAAGAAGACAACCCGAUCCCCAUUGCUGUGCCCUCCCACCUGCCGGUCUCCCUGGCGGGCCACCCUGUUGUCGCUGCCCAGGCCGCCGCCGCCGCCGCCCAGGCCGCCGCCCAGGCCGCCGUGCUGGAGCAUCUGCGGGAGAAGUUGGAGUCUGGUGAGCCCCCGGAGAAGAAGUCAGCGCUCGUCUCGGACGAGCAGUGCUCCUUGGUACAGCGGGCCUUUCAGCAGAACCUGCUCGCCAUGACGGCCCAGCUGCCCAUGAGCAUUCGGAUCAACAGCCAGGAGACAUGUUCACCUGAAAACCGCCAAGACGCUGCCAUGAACCUGACAACAAACGGAACCAACAGCAUCAGCAUGUCAGUCGAACUCAACGGCAUCCUGUACACAGGCAUGUUGUUUGCCCAAACUCCAGGAGCGCCAUCCUCUCUCGGCAAAGGAGCCCCCACCAGGGGGCGAAGUUCCGGUGGCCCCAGCAGCGGUCCCGGUGGCCCCACGAGUGGCGUGGUGGCCACUCCACAAGCUGGGCUGCCCUGUGCCCCAACCUCUACCUCAACCAGCUCUUCGUCGCCUUAAGAUCCUUCUCUUUCUCCUCCUCCUCCUCCAUCCACCAAAAUGAAGACCCAGAUCAGAUAUUAAGAGAAAGCCCAACUUAGGUGAUCCUGGUGUGCACUGGGGGAGUGAAAUCAUGCCUUCCACACCCUCCAAUAGUUCCAGUUUUCUCUCCCUGAGCAAUACCCUAGAGUAGUAAUUUCCACAGUGGGGGAGGAAGCACUCCUACUUCCUGUGUGUUCGCCCCAGGUGAGCAUAGUGCCUACUAACAGACAUCUAGUGUGUCAAAAGCAGAGCCCGCAGUCCAGAAAGUCGCGAUUGUGGCUCUCCAUCCUCUCUGUACAAGCGUGUGCAUGCCCACACUCUCUCUGCAUGCAGGGACUAGUUGAGGGCCCAAGCUGCGCCAGAGAGAUCAGAUCACAUCCUUCCAGCGGUAGCUUCUCCUCAAAAAUGGAACCAAAAUUGUCACUUACUUUCCACGAAGGGGAAGAUGAGAUACCCAGAGAUGAGCUUUCUCCCUUUCCUGCUGCUUUCCUCCUCCCUCCCCUUCCUUGAUAUUCUUCUUUAAAUGAAUAUAUUGAAAGGAGAACAGAGAAUUUUUCACGGGGGGGGGGGGCGGGCGAGGGUGUCAUAAAACUCUGAGCCAGGGAAAACACUGUGCAGUUCACGUUUCGCUGUGGUGCGUGGCACACCUGUAUUACUUUACCUCUUGUGAAUCCACACUUUGCACUGUGUGUCUGUUAAUUUUUUAAAAUUACUUCUGGAUACCUCCAGGCAGGUGGUGGGCAGCAGAGGUAACACAGCAGAUGGGUGCAUCGGAAUAAAGCUCUUAAUUAAAAUC